AUGGCUUUUCUCAACUAUGAAGUUGAGGGCUUGUCAAAGAAGGACAACGAAGAAUUGGAGAGGCAACUAAAGCUUUUAAAUAAGCCAGCAAUCAAAACUAUUAAGAUGAAACCGUCUUUCUCCCUAUUAAAGAGAGACAACGAAUCCUCAACAUCCAAUAGCUCGUUCAAAAUGGGACUAAAAGAUGGUGGUUGUCCAAUGGGAACAGUUCCAAUUAGAAAAACUACCAAAGAAGAUCUCAUUAGAGAAAGGAGAUUUAAUGCUAGUUAUGCUCGUGGCACCUUUCAUUUUGCUCUAGAACAAACAUCAAAUGGCCCACGUAACCAAAUUUCUGGAGCUGGAACAACAGCUAGUAUGUAUAAUCCAAAGGUUCUUCCGAACCAAUGGAGUGCAUCUGUUGUGAAGGUACAAAAUGGUCGUGACCAAAUACAAGCUGGGUGGCGUGUGGAUCCAAUUCUUUAUGGUGAUACUCCUACUAGAUUUUACUCAUUAUUCAAAGUGUUUAAGACUACCAGACCUGGAACCUUAUUCGAGGAGACGUUCUUCAUUGAACGGGAUCUAAAGAAUGGAAGAUGGUGGCUACGAUAUGGUCCUGAUUUUGCACAGAUUGGUUUUUGGCCUCCAGAGCUUUUUACAGGAUUAAAGAGUUUUGCAUCACAGGCAGCAUGGGGUGGAGAGGCAUUUAGUUCAGUGCCUACUUUCCCUUAA